AUGAGGGUGAUAGCACCCAGAGACUGGCUUUUCCAGCUGCCGAGGACCGAGGCCUCGAUUUUCAACCCUUCGAGGUACCGCGACGAGAGCUACUCGUCAACAAGCUGCCCCAAAGCCCGCUGCUACUUUUCCAACAAGCCGCGUUUUAUGAGGUGGAUUUGGCACCAGCCUAGCGCAAAAUACGGUCCAGCUGGUGUUAAGAGGAAGAAGCCGGCAUCACAACGAGGGAGGAGGAAAGGCAAGGGAAGAGGCAGCCAACGGAGGGCUCCUAACGAGGUUGACGAGGUCAAGGAAGUUAUCCACGCCAUCACAGAAGCUGGGGAUAAGAUCAUGGCGUUAAACUCGACCCAAAGCGUCGUUAUUGCCCUUAUUAACCUAUUGCCGGAGUCGACAUAUCACGUCUUCGUGGAUAACCUCUUCUCGUCGCCAGACCUCUUCCGCUCCCUUCGUCCGCACGGCCACGGUGCAACUGGCACAGCUCGGCCUAAUUGUGGCAUCUACAAAGGUCUUGCAGACGCCAAAAAGGCCGAUAAGGCAGGGAAGUCAGGAUUCCAAUUUAGUGAGAUCAAGGUCAUCCCAACGGCCGAUAAUCAGGUCAAUUAG